AUGGACAGCGACGAGGAACAACGCGCAGAGAAGGGGGAAAAGCGGGCAAAUCUCGAGCUUGUUCCCUCCAGGCACUCGAUUGCGGAUACAUUCUCUCGGCCGCGUGAAGUCGCCUUCGUCAUCACGGUAUGCAUGUCGCAGUUCAUCACGCAGGCCAACAUCGGAGCCUGCUUGUCUUCGCUGGACAUUGUCGGCGAUAGCUUCGGGCUCCAUGAACCAGGCCAGCUGUCGUGGUUUUUGGCAGGGUACUCUCUCACCGUAGGAACAUUCAUCCUCGUCUUCGGCCGCUGCGGAGACACGUUUGGAUACCACCGAAUGUACCUCAUCGGGUUCGUGUGGCUGGCCGGGUGGUCGCUCGUUGCCGGCCUCAGCGUGUACUCCAACUACAUGUUGUUCAUCGUCGCGCGGGUCCUGCAGGGUCUCGGACCGGCGAUGCUCCUCCCCAACGGCCUCGCCCUCCUGGGAGCAACCUACGCCCCCGGGAAAAAGAAAGACAUGAUCUUCGCCUUGUUUGGUGCAACGGCACCCAACGGCUCCAUCAUCGGCGCGGUCUUUGCGGCGCUCUUCUCCCAGCUGGCCUGGUGGCCCUGGACAUACUGGACCAUGACGAUCGUCUGCCUCGUCUGCGCGGUGCUGGGCCACUUUGUCAUCGCGCCAGUCCGCCACCCGCAAUCCACCGACCCCCUCUUCCAGACACUCGACAUCCCCGGCGCAUUCACCGGCAUCACGGGGCUCAUCCUCGUCAACAUCGCCUGGAACCAGGCGCCCACGGUCUCCUGGGCCGAGCCCUACGUGAUUGUGCUCCUCAUCCUCGGCACGCUGUUCAUCGCUCUGUUCUUCGUCAUCGAAUUCCGCUACGCCAAGCACCCCCUGAUCCCCUUCCAUGCAUUCUCCGUCGACGUCUCCUUCGUGCUCGCCUGCGUCGCAACCGGCUGGGCCAGCUUCGGCAUCUGGAUCUUCUACGCCUGGCGCUUCCUCCUCGACACCCGCUCCCUGACGCCGCUGCUUGCCGCCGCGCAGUUCCUCCCGCCGGGGGUGACGGGGCUCAUGGCCGCCUUUGUCACGGGGUACUACCUGAUGAGCCGCAUCCGGCCGGCGUGGAUCAUGCUGAUGGCCCUGACGGCGUUCACGCUGGGGAACAUCUUCGUUGCCAUCGCGCCCGUGCACCAAACCUACUGGGGGUUGAUCUUUGUUUCGUUCCUGGUCACGCCCUGGGGCAUGGACAUGUCGUUCCCCGCGGCGACGCUGAUGCUGUCCAACGCCGUGAAGAGGGAACACCAGGGGCUGGCGGCGUCGCUGGUGACCACCGUGGUGAACUAUAGCAUCUCGCUGAGCCUGGGGUUUGCAGGCACGAUCGAAAGCCAGAUCACCUCGGGGGAGGACACGCCGGCGGAACGACUGCGGGGGUACAGGGCCGCGAUGUAUUUUUCGGUUGGGUUGGGCGGGUUGGGGAUGUGUUUGAGCGGGUUGUAUAUCCUCCGCAGUUAUCGGUCGUCUGGUCUUAGUAGCAGUAAGUAG